AUGGAGGAACACCUCCAUCCAUGCAAACCAAUAUUUAACGAAACAAAGAAGAUACCUAUUAACUACGACAAAUUCAAAUUACUUAUAGAAAAUUGUUUAGACAGUAACAAUCCACGAGCAGAAUGCGUACCAUUUAAUAUCAGCUCUACAAAUAUGCUCAAAAUAAUUGAUUUAAUUAGACCUAAAAUAACUUCUCUCAGUGGUAAAAACAGAUUAACUAGAAUUCACAAGUCCUUUUUCAAUGCGUUGACUGAUAAGGAAGUAUCUAGUUACGAAAGUUACGACAUUAAAAACCCAUUCAAUUAA